AUGAUCAUACCAACCACCUUCCUUGUCGCCAUCUCUGGCGUUGCGGCCUAUGCUGGUGCGCCAUACGAUUUUACUCCAGAUAAUGCCGCUCAGCCGCUGGAUGCUGGCAUUCCCCUUUCCACCAAUUGGACGGCCCUACAGAACGUGCAAGGCAAUUCCUUUUGGUCGAGCAGCUUUGUCACAGCAACGAACGACCGCCAGUACUUGAUUCUCUCCCACUACCUGACCGUCGCCAACUUUUCGGGACUAUGGAGCGGAUCAAUCCUGGAUAUUGGCAAUCCCUCGGAGUACGUGACGCAUUCUCAGGCUGUGACCGACACACCCUUCAUCACAUCUCCGAAUGGUCGCUUCGAUGUCGAAUACAGCAACUUCACCUACCAGGCCUUGUCAGACGACAGCAUCAGUGUUCUCCAGACGACAUCGAUUACCGAAGCGUACACCUACAACAUCACACACACCACCAGCUCUGAAACCCUGUUGAACUGGGGUGGCAAUCCAUGGCAAUGGGGCAAUGAUCCAACUACCCAAUGGAGUUCUCCUCGCAAUCGCGUCGAGGGCACUUUCAGCCUUAACGACGGCGAGACUCUGACAAUCGACCCUGAACGCUCUUUCACCUGGUACGAUCGCCAAAUCGUAAACAGUACAAUUGUCGGCCUCUGGACCUGGUUCGAACUGCACUUCCCGCAAGACGAGAUCUAUGCUAGCAUCUGGUCCAUUGAACUUCCAAACAACGAGACAGAACGGUUUGCCACUAUCAAGACGCCGUAUGGAACACAUCUCACACCUUAUACCCUGGUUGAGGAUGAAGAAUCCCGAUGGACUUCGGAGAAGACUGGCAAAUCGUACUACAGUAACUGGGUGCUUGAGUUUCCGUCGGGCGACUCGCUGUCGGUGAGACAACCUGCUCUUGGACAGGAAAUGCACCUCGUGAGUCCUACGAUCAAUCGCACGGAGAUUGAAGCGUUCGUCGUUGUUGAACAGGCCACUUUGCUGGGUCAGGAGCUAUCUGGCGGCUGGGGUCUCGUUGAGAUUGCCGCUGAGGAGACGUGA